AUGGUGACCAAAUUCUCUUUGAAGAGGAUGUUAACUUACAAAAAUGAAAUUGAUGAAGUAAACCUCGAAGUUCUUAUCGAAGGAUACGAAGAGGAAGGACCCGUAUUGUAUAAGAUCACACCACCCGGGAUUUUGGAGGUCGGGCAAUCCUUUUAUAUCGGGAGUGAUAGUUCAUAUGCAGCGUGCAUGAUGGAGAUUUGCUUGAAGAAAAAGGGAAAAGGUCAUCCAAUUGCCGAAGUUGUGGAGAGUGCAAGAAAUGCAAUUCAUUUUGCGGCAAAAAAGGAUAUUUUCACCACCGUCUAUCAUCUAUCUAAAGACGGAAUUGUGAUUCCCUAUAUGCGAGAAGAUAUAUAA